AUGGCGGCGCUGUUCAACGUCACGGACCACAUCAUCCAUGCUUCGCACAUCCGAGAGUUCGCCCGUGCCACGGCCAUUUCGCAAGAUACCGCCCUUGAGCUGCAUGUAAAGCAAUACACUCCCAAGGACAAUGCAUCCCCCCACAAAGGUGACGUGACCUUCAUUGGCGCCCAUGCCAACGGUUUCCCCAAGGAAGUUUACGAACCAUUCUACAGCGACCUUUACCGGGAGCUGAGGACGUGUGGUGUGAACAUCCGUGAUAUCUGGAUUGCCGACUGUGCUUGGCAGGGCCAAAGUGGCAUACUCAACCAGCAACGAGGUCUCUUGGGCAAUGACCCUUCGUGGUAUGAUUACUCCCGAGACAUCGCGCACAUUAUCAAUACCUUCCGCAUGCCGCGUCCCCUGGUCGCUCUUGGACAUUCGUUCGGCGCAACCGCCCUCAGCUAUGCCGCCUUAGCGCAUCCCCGUCUGUUCCACAGCAUGGUGCUCCUGGAUCCCGUCAUUGCCCCUUAUCACAAGGGCCCCAUGGAGUUCGGAGCAAGUCCUGCGACGGCCAGCGUCAACAGGCGUGAUCUGUGGCCGUCGCGAGAGGCUGCUGCCACCCAGUUCAAGAAGAGUCCGUUCUAUCGAGCCUGGGACCCCCGCGUCUUGGAACUGUGGAUCAAGCAUGGGCUGCACAGCACCACCUCAAAUCCAGACGGAGAAGUUGUCUUGGCAACCACCAAGCAUCAGGAAGUCUUCACGUUUCUGCGCCCCAGCUGGCCCGCCUUCGAUGCAGAGGGCAAGAACGCCAUCAACCCCAAGUGGAUGCCCGACUGCGGCACUUCCAUCAAGCUAGAAUACUCCAUGUAUCCGUUCUACAGGCCCGAGCCCAUUAAUACCUUCAUGCGUAUGCCUAGUCUGCGCCCCGGCGUUGUGUUUAUCUUGGGUGGCCGGAGCACCGUCAUCUCCAAUGACGCUGCCGAAAAGAGAACGGAAAUCACAGGUACUGGCUUGGGAGGCAGUGGUGGUGUCGCCUCCGGCCGAGUCAAGCAAGUCGUACAUGAGAAGUACGGUCAUCUCAUUCCUCUGGAAGUUCCUGGUUUCUGUGCCCGGCAUGCCGCCGAAUUUGUCAAACAGGAGCUGGACAUUUGGGCCGCAGAGGAGGCCGAAUUCGAAGAGUGGGCAAAGAAGUCGAAUACUGAGAAAGUGACGGUCUCUCAGGAGUACAAGAAGCACCUGGGCGUUGGAGAGAGGCCGAGGGCGAAGAUGUAG